UACUAUCAGAGACCUACCACGUCUGUCAAAGAACCUACAGUUGGGCACUUGAAUCAGUACAAGAAUCAGCAAUGGAGUAUCAGAGAAACUUCAAGUUAUUGGGCGGGGUGUUUGUUUUCUUUCUCUUGUGCACAAAUAUCUCAAAUGGAGUUUACAACGAGUGGUGCCAGGACCUUAACACAAAAUGUGACGCGUGGAAGUCAAGGGGACUUUGCAGAUCAUUAUCUCGCCGAGCCCAGGGAAUGAUGAGGAAGCUUUGCCCUGAAACCUGCAAUUUCUGCGAGCCUCCAUCGCCUGAGGUGUGUUACGAUGGAAAUCAAAAGUCCAAAUAUGGUUGUUGCUGGGACGGCAUCACCGCUGCCACUGGACCAAACGGACAGGGAUGUCCUGCCUGCGAAAACAGGAAGAAUGGAAGAUAUUGUUCGUUAAGGAAAGAUUUGUGCUUCACAAAGAGAAACCAUAAAUUACUCAGAGAGAACUGCCCUGAGAUAUGUGGCUACUGCAAAGAGGCGUCUUAUCCUUGCAUGGAGGAUUCUGGAGUUUGCGAACAUGACUGUUAUGAUGUUGAGCCUCAACAGCUGUGCGAACGACGCAAGAAGAAAGGGUACUGCGCAGUGAAAGGAUGGAAGAGCUACCUACAGAAAAACUGUGCAUUUACAUGUGGCUUCUGUGGUGAUGGCAAUCAAGAAAUGAUCACUAGAAUGCUCUACACUGAUUGAAGACAUCACAUUUAGCAAUGACUCAGCCAAUUUAAAAACCUCCUCUAAAAAAGGGGGCUUUUUUUAUAACUUUUCUGUCUUAGCCGUUGCCAACAAGCUUGUCUGAGGCUGCACAGCCAAAAACAUGUCAAAUUUUCUAAAUUUAUCCAUUAGGAGUCUGCAAUCUCAAAACCACUUUGCUACCCUCUAAAAUUUUGAGUCAAUAAACUAUCAGAUGGAAGUGUGUA